GGGUACCUCUCCGUGUCGUCGAUAACGCUGAUCUCUCGCCUACGUUCGCCCUUUGCAAUUUGAUUUUCCUCGGAUCGUGAUCGCCAGAUUCAGUUCGACUUACCAGCCCGUUUGAUUUUAAGAUAACCUCCUGGUCGAACAACCACCAGCCACCCUCAUGUCCUAUCCGCCAUCUAGGAGCACCGCCUUGUCUGCCCCGGGCAAGGUCCUUCUUACCGGUGGUUACCUCGUUUUAGACCGCAAUUACACGGGAACGGUUAUCGCACUCGAUGCCAGGAUCCACGUUAUUGUUCAACAAUUGAAAAGAGGUCAUCGGCGUGGUACGUCAUUCAGCUCAGUGAGGGGGGGUCCAAAUACGGAGGCAGUUGAGGACGGAAGUAUUGUAGACAACAAGGAUAACGAGGACAUCGUGGUUGUACGCUCGCCGCAAUUUGUCAAUGCACUGUGGGAGUACGGUAUACAGCGUUGUGAGAAUGGAGGUGGAAUCAAAGUAAUCCAAAAGAACGAAGGGCAUCCUAAUCCGUUUGUCGAAACUUCUCUCAACUACGCUCUCACCUACAUCAGCUAUGUAGCCGACUCGAAGGACUUUGGGUCCCUCUCCGUGACCAUUCUGGCCGACACUGAUUACUAUUCUGAGACCGCCUUCUCUAGGGCUUCUGAGUCCCCUGGAAGAUUUGUGAACUUCGGUGUUCCUCUCCACGAGGCCCACAAGACAGGACUGGGUUCCUCCGCGGCUCUAGUGACAGCUCUAGUAUCGUCCCUAGUCAUUCACCGUACCCUACAGCCAGACGACCUCGGAGCUUCUCGGGACAAGCUUCAUAACUUGGCACAGGCUGCCCACUGUGCCGCUCAAGGUAAAGUGGGAUCCGGGUUUGAUGUGGCUGCUGCUAUCUACGGAUCUUGCCUAUAUCGCCGAUUCUCUCCAAGCAUUUUGGAAUCCGUCGGUGACGCCGGUUCGCCUGGGUUUGAAGAGCGGUUGUUUGCAGUUGUGGAGGACGCCAACCCUAAGCAUCCGUGGGAUACAGAGUGCUUAGAUUUCGGCAUGCGACUUCCUCGAGGCAUGCAGAUGGUUCUGUGCGACGUUGAAUGCGGCUCAAACUCCCCUUCGAUGGUCAAGAAAGUGCUUGAAUGGCGAAAACAAAAUCAGCAGGAAGCCGAUCUUCUCUGGGCUGCCCUCCAGUCGAACAAUGAAAGGCUCUGUCUUCAGCUCAAGCAGCUAGCCCAGAGCCCUGACCAAGAAUCGCCCGAAGAUUUCAAUGAUGUCCGCAACCUCAUCCAGCGCUCACGCAAUCACCUUCGCAGCAUGACCCGCAAGGCGGAAGUCCCCAUUGAGCCGAGAAUACAGACAGAACUGCUUGAUGCAGUGUCAGCCAUUGACGGAGUGAUUGGUGGUGUGGUUCCUGGUGCGGGAGGCUAUGAUGCGAUUGCUGUCUUGAUCCGCGAUGACCAGGAGGUACUUAAAAAGUUAAAUGAGCUCUUCGAGAACUGGGAGAGUAAGGUGGAGGACGAUUUCGGUGGCAAGAUCGGAACUGUCCGGCUCCUCGGUGUGCGUCACGGCUCAGAUGGAGUCAAAAAUGAGGGUCUCGAUCAGUAUGCCGGCUGGAUCUAAGUCGACAGCUCUGUCCACAUGCUCGCCAUGCACAGCUACUAACCCAAGUAGACAUGACAUUCGAGAGUUACUGUGCUAAACGGCAAAGAAUGUUUAUCCGACUCAGCAUACAUUACAUCUGAACUCGGCGCUAAUAUCGAUUUUGUGCAGUCUUCUCUAUUAUCCUUUCUGUUAGCCCAAGCAUUCCGUUACGAGCGAUGCCAGUGAUGAAGAGCAUUUCUAGUCUAAGCACGAUUAUGACCAUUGCAUCUUUCCAUAAGAUAGCCUACGCAAAAUGAUAAUGCAAUAAAGCUAGUAGACAUUUUG